AUGAGUUCCCUGAAUUCAACACUUCCUCCAAAUGUUUCAUUAGUUCGACCUCAGUUCUUUUAUAUCAAUGGACUUUCUAAUAUUCCUUAUGUGAAAUACUAUUACAUUUUCUUGUGUUUUGUUUUCACUGUAACACUAUUAGGAAACUCUUUCAUUAUGUUUAUUAUUUACAUAGAACAAAGUCUUCACACCCCAAAGUAUAUGGCUGUUUUUCAUUUAGCUGCAGUUGACACGUGUGGCAGCACAGCUCUUAUUCCUAAAAUGAUCGAGGCUUUUUUGUUUGAUUUUCCUUUAAUCACAUAUGAAGCCUGCUUAGCCAAUAUGUUUUUUGUACAUUUAUUUCAAUUUCUGCAGUCAUUUACCGUUGUAUUAUUGGCAUAUGAUAGAUUUGUUGCUAUUUGCUUUCCUCUGAAAUAUCAUUUAAUGCUUACUACUGCUGGAAUGGGUAAAAUGUUAGGUGGAAUAUGGAUUCUAGCAGCUGGGGUAUUAAUUGUAGGUGUAGGUUUCAUUACCAGAUUAUCAUUCUGCAAAUCUAUUGUGAUAAACAGUUAUUUCUGUGAUCAUGGACCUGUGUAUCGCAUGUCCUGCAAUGACAAUUUUCCCAAUUAUGUAAUUGCCCAGAUCAGUAUUACAGUAUUGCUUGCUGCACCUUUGACUCUUAUUCUCUUAACCUAUGCGUGUAUAAUUUUGGCAGUGCUAAAAAUCGCUUCUGUGGAGGAACGCAUAAAAGCAAUGAAAACCUGCACCUCCCAUUUAAUCUUGGUGGCAAUGUUUUACCUUCCGAUAUCUGCCAUCUACAUUGCAGCAAACAUUACUACUGUUGACCCAAAUACCAGAAUAAUAAGUACAUCCUUAUCUUCCACCAUUCCACCAAUGAUGAACCCCAUCAUCUACACAAUUAAAACAGAGGAGGUAAUGAAAGUAGUUAAGAAGGUUCACAAAAGAAACAAGACAAUUAAACCUACAUUAAGUAGAAUCACUAAACAGAAUUUGUAG